AUGGCAGACCCAACGCCAGCACACCUCGAUCCCUCUGCCCUCGGCACAAAAGAAUACUGGGACACCCUCUACACCCGCGAACUGACCAACCACUCGGCCAACCCGCGCGACGAAGGCACCGUGUGGUUCGACGACUCGGACGCCCAGGCCAAGAUGGUCGCCUACCUCGACGAACACGCCCUCAAUCACGGCCACGACCACGAGCAUGAAUAUGACCCGGCGUCUGCCGCGGUGCUGGAUCUGGGCUGUGGGAACGGGAGUAUGCUGUUUGCGCUGCGCGAUGAGGGGUGGGGCGGGAGGUUGGUCGGGGUGGAUUAUAGUGAGCGGAGUGUGGAGUUGGCGAGGGCGGUGGGUGUUUCGAGGAGGGAAGGGCGGGGUGGUGAAGAGGACGGUGAGGCGGAAGGUGAGGGACAGGGGGUAGGGGAGACACAGGGGGAGCGGGAGGUGGAGUUCAAGGUGUGGGAUGUGCUGAACGGGCCGCUGAGCGAAGUGGAAGCGGUGCCGGGUGGGACGGCGGGGUGGGAUGUGGUGCUGGACAAGGGCACGUUCGACGCGGUGUCGCUUAGCGGAGAGCGCGACGGGCAAGGGGCGGCGGAUCUGCGAGGGCUAUGCUGCAACUGGACCGAGGCGGAACUGCGCGACUGGUUCGAGACCAAGACACGGCCCACCGAGGCCGGGGGAGAGGCUGCGGCUGGCGGGGAGAGUACCCGUAUCCGAGCUUCAGCUUUGGGGGCGUCAAAGGGCAGACUAUCAGCACGCUGUGUUUCGAAAAGAUUGAGGCGGGAACUAGGAGCUGGUUAG